UUUCCUUCCAUCCAAAUGGUAGAAAGGACGGGUGGUAAUUCACGUGGGGGCUGGACGGAUCCAGAGUUGGCGGACUUCGAGCUGCUGGUGAUCAUGAGCGCCACGGUUGAGCCGACCUCGGCCACCUGCCAGGUGCGCACCUCCUACCUGCCGGAUGAGAUCCUCUGGGGCUACGAGUUCCCCCCCGUGGUCUCCCUCUCCCCAUCGGGGAAGUACGUGGCGGACUUCGGUUUCUUCGACAAAGUGGCCAAGACCAAGACGGCGCCCGUCUUCAAACCGUGCAGCCCGCAGCGCGCGUACCAGAGCAACGGGGCCGGGCCCGUGCCAGAUGUGUCCGAUCCAGAGAAGAUCCGUCUGGAGCAGAACUACCGGGACAGAGGGGGGGAACGAGGCCGGGCGAGAGACACUCCCCUCAGUGUUCGCAUCAGCAACGUGUGAACGGUGACGGAGUGGAAGGAAACAUCACGUGGAAACAGCUCGGACACUUUUAGACUGAAUGGAACCUCUGGACGAUGUCUGGGGAGAUAAAACAUGGAGGACGACUGUAACUCACAUGAAGGCCUAACACACUGCUGACUGCAGCUACUGCUUCUAUUUCAGUGUGGCGAGUGCACACACACACACCUUAUAACAAAGGA